CUUAAUAAGAGGGGUGUUUUAAAUCCUCCGGUUGUAGAAAAAGUGAAGCUAAUGAAACAAGUCGUAGCCCAAACCCUAACUCCAACAGAAAACCCUAUAUAUUGUUGCAAUAUGCUGAUAAUCCUCUCCCCUUCUUUGCUUGCAACAUUCACAAUUACAGAUAAUGUCUUCUGGCCGUUCAAUUCCUACUGAGGAUAGAAUUAGCGACUUGCCCGAGUCAAUUCUCUGCCACAUUCUCUCCUUCCUUCCAACCAAAGCCGCUGCAACCACAAUGAUUCUCUCAAAGAGAUGGAAACCGGUAUGGCUCUCUGUCGUUAUUCUUAACUUCGAUGACAAAGAAUUCAAUGACUUUGAGACAUUUCACAAGUUUGUUUAUUCAACCAUGUUCUCUUUGCGAGACAAAAAGACUUCGAUCCAAUCGUUUACCUUGAAAUUAUGCUUCUAUUCUCGCUUCAAACCAAGAGAAUUGAAUAGAAUUUUUAAAUUUGUGGUGCAACGAGGAGUCAAGAAUCUUAACUUCGACUUGUCUGGUAAACCGCGUUGUAUCAAAUUACCUCCUUGCAUUCUCAGUUGUAAGACACUUCAGGUUCUUAGAUUGGAAAACGUAAAAUUGUGGGAUUUUGACCAAGUGAAUUUUCCUUGUCUCAAAACUCUUCAUUUGAAUAACGUUGAUUUGACAUCUCCUAAAUAUUUUGCAAAGUUUCUAUAUGGCUGCCCUAUUUUAGAAGAUUUGAAUGCAAAAUCACGUACCUUCCAGAAAUCAAUCGAUCCCAUGGAAAACUUGAAUGCUUUACCUAAUUUGGUCAAAGUAAAGAUUUGUUAUAAUACGGAUAUUCCGAUGUCUUUGGUUUGUAAGACGAGAAUUUUGCAUAUAGAACAGAUAUGGGGCAUGACUUGGAAACCACUUCCCAUGUUUCACAAUUUGACUCACAUGGAACUUACUUUUUUGAUUAGCUUACUAAAGAGGGAGUGCAGGUCGUUGAUAGAAAUACUCCCACAUUUUCCCAAUCUUCAACAUUUUAACAUUAAGUUAAAUUUUAUGAAUAUAAGGGGUGCAACAUAUAUUUGUUCUGAAUGUUCGAAGGUUGUUCCACCCAAUCCCACCGUUGCUCCAGAAUGUCUCUCCUCACAGCUAAAAACACUUAGCAUUAAAUGUUCCACAGACACAAAAAACAUCAACAAUUGUGAGUUCCAAUUUGUAAAAUAUAUUAUGCAACAUUCAAAAGUACUAGAGACUGUGAGAGUCAAAAGUACCCGCCUUAAAACAAACCAAAUGUUUAUGAAGUUAUCUUCAUGCACAAGGAGAUCUCCAACAUGUAAACUUUUAUUUGGUUGAUGAUGAUAAUUAUGUCGUGGUUUUCUUUUGGAAGAAUGAGUAGUGGUUUUUCAUAAAAGAAAUUUUCGGGAGUAAUAUCAUAUACUUUCUCUUAGUGUAAAGAGAGAGAUGAAUCCAUGUAAUCAAAGUUCUACCUUUUGUUUAUUUUAUUGUUUGGUGUAGUACGGUUGUUGAUCCUACGAAUACUGGAGAAAUCUAUAACUAUGGUGCAUUUUGAUUGUUA